GGGCCUCGAGGAAAAGAGAAAAAAAAAAGACAAACAAAGAGGGAAUAAAAAAAGCUCUGUACUCUUCUCCAUAAGGACAAACACGCCUACUAUUGAUGCCCCCUACUAGACGUCUACAUAUACUUUCCCGGAAUGACGAGCACAGAAAUGUCUAUUACGCAUGCAUACAUAUAGUACCUACUAGUAGCUAUACGCAGCCAGCGUUUCAAAGCCAACAGGUAGGCACUUUCGUCCAAGCAGCACCGCUUAGACUAUUCACCGUCCUCUCGCGAAAUGGAAGCUCAGCUUUUCUCAUCUACAUGUACCUACAGGCUCGAAUCACAUGCCAAAGGCCCAGCGUCCUCCUCCAUUGGGCCCCGCCUCAUUACCCUGAAGCGAAUGCUACGCGUACUGUAAGAGAAAAACCGCCCCGUCGUCUGCCUCGUACGAUCAAACAGCUGUGUAGACUUGCCUCGAAGAAACCCAGCAAUAGCACGAGCAGCACUCAUCUAAAGUCUUCAGACACUCAUCAGACACUCAUCAAUUGCAGCAUCAUCUGCAGCCGACUAGUCAAUAAUACGUACAUCUUAUCUUCUCGCUGGACUAAAAUCUGUAUCGGUAUAUCCGUGAUUUUCACCAAAACUACUAAGGUAGUAUAAACAACAUUCAUGUUUCUUUGUAAUGGUCUGAGGUAAAGCAGUCUGGCUA